GAGAAAUGAACUUUUUGCGCGAAGAAACGAAGGCUCUGCUCGAAGAAAUGACCAACCAACGUGAAGAGACGAAGGGGUGUAAGAGCGAGGUGACCAAUCUGAAGACAGAGAUGAAAAGACAAGAGGAGGAAAACACCGCACUGCAUAGUGAGGUGGUCCGCCUGCAGCAGGCAAUGGUCGAGGAGCGCUCCACUCGCCAGGUCGUCGUGGAGGAGCUGCGGCAGGAGGUCCGCCGGCUUACAGCGCCAUUCGGCCGUCUGCAGGGGCUGGUGCCACGAGAGCAGGAGGAGGGCGUCGAGACGCAGGUGCCACUGGAGAGGGCUCAGGUGCGCGAACUGGAGGACCGACUGAACCAGGCGCUGGUCGACCAGAAGAGGGCGGAGGAUGACCUGAAGAAAUCACGCGCCACCAAUUCCGCCACGGAGACCAAGCUGUGCGAGACUGAAGCGCGCAAUGAGGACCUCAUCAGCAAAACCAACGACCUCGAGCACACCAACGCCUCACUGAAGAAGCGCUUGCACGAAAUGGAACGCACA